CAAUAUGGCGGCGCCCAUGGUGCGGCAGGUAGCUCAAAUUUAGUUGGCCAAUUCCUCCUUUUUGUACGCAAAUUGAGCACACACUGCUUCGAAAAUAGCUUUUGCUAAAGACAUAAUGUUUCGGUCAUGCACUGUAGCUAAAUUAAUAUUCAUAAAUUAUCGAUUUGUACCAAAGAAGAGCGUCUUGUUUGAGAGACAUGAACUCAUCCGGCGGGCCGUCGCCGUUGUCGGCUACGCCAGCAAAGCAGGCUCCGGCAGCAGUGUUCAACAUGUUCAAAAAGACAAGAAAUCGGAAAGGAUGCAAGGGAAGUUGGAAAAGAUGCGCAGACGACAACAGAGACAGGAUCAAAUUGAGUCCUCAAAUGUUAAGAUUAAAACCAAGCAGAGCAAAUCUUGGCAACCCAAGGAGGUCGUUACCUAUGAUAUACCAACCAUGCCUGGUGAAAAGAAAGAUACCAGCGUGCCUCUGCCAGAUUCCUACAGCCCCACGUAUGUUGAAAGCUCAUGGUAUGAGUGGUGGGAGAAGAUGGGCUUCUUCAAACCAGAGUACAGGGCCAGUGGGAGUGCUGACAUCAAGCCUUACGUCACCUGCCUGCCUCCUCCCAAUGUGACAGGCACACUGCAUCUUGGCCACACGCUCAUGGUAGCUAUUGAAGACAGCCUAGUCCGAUGGCACAGGAUGAGAGGGAGACCGACGCUGUGGAUACCAGGCAGCGACCAUGCCGGCAUAGCCACCCAGAUCAUGGUGGAGAAGUCACUCUGGCAAUACCACCAGAAAACCAGGCAUGAUCUAGGCCGGGAAAAGUUCACGGAAGAAGUGUGGAAGUGGAAGAAGGAAAAAGGAGAUGAGAUUUACCGACAGCUGAAAAAGCUUGGUGCCUCCUUGGACUGGGACAGGUCAAAGUUCACCAUGGAUGAGGACUAUGCUCGCGCAGUGAGGGAGGCCUUCAUACGACUCCACGACCGAGGGACCAUUUACCGCAGCACCCAGCUAGUCAACUGGUCCUGCUCCCUCAAGUCAGUCAUAUCCGAUAUCGAGGUUGAGACCAAAUCCAUAGAUGGCAGAAAAGCAUUGCCGGUACCUGGGUAUGCAGACCCUGUGGAGUUUGGUACCCUGACUCUGUUUUCCUACCCUGUACAUAAUUCAGACGAGAAAAUCACCGUGGCAACCACCCGCCUAGAGACGAUGCUAGGAGACACGGCAUUGGCCGUUCAUCCCGACGACACGAGGUACCUCCAUCUGAUUGGGCAAACCGUGGACCACCCCUUUAUGAAGAGGUCUCUGCCAAUCGUAGCAGACCCUUCGGUAGUCCGAGAGUUCGGGACGGGGGUUGUAAAGAUCACGCCCGCCCACGACUUCAGAGACUACGACUUUGGCCAGCGUCACAACUUGCCGUCCGUCACUGUCAUUGAUGACACUGGUCGCAUGACAGACGACUGCAAAAAAUUCAAGGGCAUGAAACGUUUUGAAGCGCGGAAGGCCGUGGCAGACGCUUUGAAAGAGAAGAAGUUGUACGUGGAGACCAGGGAUCACCCGAUGGACGUUCCACUCUGCAGACGAUCCAAGGACAUUGUUGAACCCAUGCUUAAGACCCAGUGGUUUGUGGAUACGAGCAAGAUGGCUCAGGACGCUGUCGCAUCAGUCGAGACCGGCGAACUAAAGAUUGUCCCUGAAGCACACAAGAAAGUGUGGUACAGUUGGCUGAAAAACCUCAGAGAUUGGUGCAUUUCUCGUCAGCUGUGGUGGGGCCAUCGCAUUCCGGUCUAUCACAUGACCAUCAAAGAGGAAAAUCACAGUCAACAAAUGGAAAAUUGCUGGGUCGGUGCCCACACAGAGGAAGAAGCUAUCGCAAAAGCAGCUCUGAAAUUCCAAGUUCCUGUUGAGAAAAUAGAAGCAAUGCAAGAUCCUGAUGUUCUAGACACGUGGUUCUCUUCCGCCCUGUUCCCGUUUGCUGUUCUCGGCUGGCCAGAUGAGACGGCAGAUUUGCAGCGCUACUUCCCGACGACCAUGCUGGAGACCGGGCAUGACAUCCUGUUUUUCUGGGUGGCUCGUAUGGUGAUGAUGAGCGGGGAACUCAUGGGGAAAUUGCCGUUCACGGAGGUUUAUCUGCACUCUAUGAUCAGGGAUGCCCACGGACGCAAGAUGAGUAAAUCACUGGGCAAUGUCAUCGAUCCGCUAGAUGUGAUCCAUGGAAGCUCCUUAGAGGAUCUCCACAAGAAGCUGAUGUCUGGUGUCAAGUUGGACGAGCCAGAGCUGAGCAUAGCCCUCAAGGGUCAAAGGUCAGAUUUCCCCAAUGGGAUACCAGAGUGCGGGACGGACGCGCUGAGGUUUGCGUUGUGUACCUACAAGGCACAAGUUGAGGAUCUGAAUCUUAAUAUCGACACCGUUUUGGAGUAUCGUCGUUUCUGCAACAAGAUCUGGAAUGCAACAAGGUUCACAUUGAGUCGACUGGGCCAAGACUUCACCCCUCUCCCGCUUCCUGAGAUUGCCUCUGAGUUACGGCCCAUGGAUUGCUGGGUCUUGAGCAAGCUAUCAGUCGCUACGGAUGUCUGUAACAAGGCUUUAGAAGGCUAUGAGUUCCCAACUGCCACAAGCGCUGUACACCAGUUCUGGAUACAGGCCUUCUGUGAUGUCUACUUGGAAUCUGUCAAGGGUGUCUUAGCCUCCGCAGACCAGCCGUCAGUCUUAGCAGCCCAGCACACCCUAUACCACUGUGUGCAUGCCGGCCUACGCCUCCUCAGCCCGUUCAUGCCUUACCUGACUGAGGAGCUGUAUCAGAGACUACCAAAGGUCAAAGGUGACAACUGCCCCAGCGUGUGCGUGGCAGAGUAUCCAGCCAGUGAUCAUUUUCCAGCUAGAGAUGUGGAACUUGAGACAGACGUUGAGUUGGUUACGGAGGCCGUUCACACCAUGCGCUCCCUCCAGAAGGAGUUCGGCAUCAAGAUGGCCAAGGCCUCAGCUCAAAUUGUUUCUAAUGAUAUCGCAACUCAAAACGCGCUGGAGAGGUUUUCUGAUACUAUCACGUCCCUGUCCCGCUGUUCGGAUGUGGCUGUUACAACAGUCCCACCACCUCCCUCCGGCUGGGUGUAUGGUUUGAUGAACGAUCGAGGCACGGUGUAUAUCAGUAUAAAGGACUCGGUAGAUGUGCAAGAGGUAAUGCAUAAACUUAGAGCUCGAAGCAAAAAGCUGCACACGCAACUUGAGAACCACCAGAAUUCAGCUGAUGGCGACAUUUGCAGCGAGAAAGUACCGCUUAAAGUCCAAGAGGCCAAUAGACAAAAGACACAUCGUUUGCAGUCGGAGUUGCAGAAAUUGGAGGACACAAUGAAACAACUGGCAGAUGCCAGCUGACAGUGUGAAGACAGAUGACCACCAUUUUGAUUUUUUUUUAAUUAGACAUCUUUAAAACUUGGGUUUUUUUUAACAGCUUGGACCAUUUAAGCUUGUGCUUUUGAUGUCAUAUACAUUUGUUUUUACUUCGCCAUUAGCGUGACUGGAAAAUCAACUCUGUGUGAUUUAAACCUGUGAUAGUGAACCAUAUGAUGCAUAUAUAACUCAGUCUAUAUACGAAAGGCAAUGACAUUUAUUGGUAACUACGCAAAGUAAAACUGGUUCCUUAUUAUGAGUGCAUAUGUCCCUGUGGGAGAUUCACAGGCUACCAGUCAAAGGCACCACGUAGAAAUGUUUCACUCUCAACAAAGGCAAAAUGUCACAGUAUAAAACUUAAUAUGCCCCAGUUCCUGAAAUUGGCAUAAACACACUGUGGUUGCCUGAAGCAACAUGCCGAAAAAAAAUUGUUCAAAAUCCAUAUAUUUUAGAACAUUUCUAAUUUUGUCAUAUUAUCUGCUGAAAGGUUAUAUUUAUUUUUACACUAUUCAAGUUUUAAUAAAACUUAGUGACUCGCUCUCACAAAAGAACAUUUUCACUCAUUCUAAUAAGUAAGGGAAAAGUUGUUUUGAAAAUGAUUUUUCACCAAAGCAAACAGUGAGUUUGUGGGUUGACUUGGUCAAGAGCAAAUAUAUUUUUGAGGUCUUGGCAAACUUUUAUCGAUCGGCUGAUCUGCUGAAUGCUAAGCAGAAAAUGUUGCUUAGCCAAGUUAAAUUAAGCACAAAGCAAAAAUCAGGGCCCAAUUUUCAUGGCUUGCUAACCACAGAAUUCCGCACUUACGAUCAUCAUUUUGUGCUAACCGCGCUAUAAAAAUUCUGUGCUAAAUCUGUAAGCACAGAAUCCUUAGUUAGUGGAUGUAUGCAUGUGCAGCAGCUGACAUUCCUCGCUAACCCGUGAAAUAAGCUUACCUUAAGCAGGGAAUGUUCUGCUUCAGUAAGCAGGGAUGUUUCGCUAUAAGCAGGGCCACGAAAUUGGGUCCAGGAGAGAGCAAGAAAGUCAUAAGAAUCAAUUUCCUUCACUGGGCUUGUUUUUAUGGUAUCUGUUCUUGUACAGAAAACUUUUUUGGUAACUUUUUUUGAUGGAAAGAGUGCUUCUGAGCCUUGUUCUGAUAAGCAGCUCAGUGGGGAAAAGUAUUUGUGCAAUUAUUGUGCCAUACAGCAAAAAUCCAGUUUUAGUGAUUUGAAAGUUACUUUUGAUGCAUAAAAUGCAUUUUGAUUCGUUGUCUCCAUACAGUUUGUCAAACCAAGUUGUGACAUAUUCACUAAAAUAAUCUGAACUUUUGGAGUUUCGGCUGGUUGGUGACAUUUGAUAAUAAAAUGUUGAAUAAAACCAUUGAUUGCUAUAAUCU